GCAGACGUUCGUUGCUGGCAAGCGCUGCCUACGCAGCGGGGAGGCGACCUGGAGUUUGUGGCGCUGUGAUGGUCUAGAGGCUGGAGAUUCAAGAUCUUGGUGCCAUCAUUUUCUGGUUCUUUUGAUGACCCUCUUCCAGGUUACAUACAGCUCACAUCUUGCAUCCUCAAGUGUUUUUCUUCUACGGCUAAAAAAUCGCAAAGCACUUAUCAAUGAAUCAGCAAGAUCUAGAUCCAGAUAGUACUACAGAUGUGGGAGAUGUUACAAAUACUGAAGAAGAACUUAUUAGAGAAUGUGAAGAAAUGUGGAAAGAUAUGGAAGAAUGUCAGAAUAAAUUGUCACUUAUUGGAACCGAAACACUCACUGAUUCAAAUGCUCAGCUAUCAUUAUUAAUUAUGCAGGUAAAAUGUUUAACCGCUGAACUCAGUCAAUGGCAGAAAAAAACACCUGAAAUAAUUCCCUUGACUGAAGAUGUUCUCAUAACAUUAGGAAAAGAAGAGUUCCAAAAGCUGAGACAAGAUCUUGAAAUGGUACUGUCCACUAUGGAGUCAAAGAAUGAAAAGUUAAAGGAAGACUUAGAAAGAGAACAACGGUGGUUGGAUGAACAGCAACAGAUAAUGGAAUCUCUUAAUGUACUGCACAGUGAAUUGAAAAAUAAGGUCGAAACAUUUUCUGAAUCAAGAAUCUUUAAUGAGCUGAAAACUAAAAUGCUUAAUGUAAAAGAAUAUAAGGAGAAACUCUUGAGUACCUUGGGCAAGUUUCUAGAAGACCAUUUUCCUGUGCCUGAUAGAAGUGUUAAAAAGAAAAAGAAAAACAUUCAAGAAUCAACUGUACAGCUGAUAACACUGCAUGAAAUGUUAGAGCAUCUUUCAGUUAAAAAUUUGGCCUGAUAAAUCUUUGAGAUGCGGACGUAAUUUUGAGAUACGGAGUCUAAUCCAAGAUCCACCACUGAUUAUGUGCCCCUGAGGAAUCUCUUAACUCUUCUGAGUUCUAGUUUUGUAAUUUGUGAAGGCACUGGAAGAUAGCUGAGGAGGCAAAAUAAUAAUUGAUCUACAUUUAGCGUUUUUCACUGUAUUUCAUAACAUUAGUAUUCAAACAAUUGUAAAUAUUUCUUUCUUCAGAAGACUUUUAUAAUAGCAGUGGAUUUGGGAAAGACAGCUGAUUCUCACUUCACAUUAGCAAGCUUUCCCAAGCUUGUUUGAUCACAGAACCCUGUUUUUCAGGAACUAAGAACACUUCAGGGAAACUAAUUCUAUGGAAUGCAGUUUGGAAAAUGGUAGCCUAUAUAAUUUAAUACAAAUAAUCAAAAUUCAAUUUGUGGUUGUAAUUCCACAAUAUCCUCAAUGAAGAUCAGGGAUACUCAGGAUGAAGCUGAAGGAAGUGAUGAUGAUGAAUAUUUAUCAGAAGAAUAGGUGUUUUGUGGAGGACAGGAGCAGUGAUUUUUCCCUCAAAUAUUAAGACACACUUUCUCACUUUCUUUUUAACUUUUUUUGUGAAAUAUUAAUUUUUUAAGAUUUUUGUCUUUAUCCUAAAGAAGAUAUUAAUCCCAAGAGAAGUGGGAGAAUUGUAAAUUCUUUCUAACCAAUUUUUAGGAAAAGGUUUUCUAAAUUAAAGAUGCAAAACUUCACUUUAAAGUUUUUUUCAUUAGCUAUAACCCGUAGUCCUUUCAAAUAGGAAAUUCAAAUUUGUAGAUUAAAAGUAUUAAACAGUUGUUGAAAAAGAAAAGAGGUCAAUAUUCUUUGACAAAAAACUUUAUUAUAGCUGUAGUGACUUUUUCCCAAGUAAAGUAUAUUUUGAAUGAUAUUUUCUCCUAGAUUCUUAUAAAUAGAUUAUUUGAUGUUCCACAUGAUCCAUAUGUCAAAAUUAGUGAUUCCUUUUGGCCACCUUAUGUUGAGCUGCUGCUGCGUAAUGGAAUUGCCUUGAGACAUCCAGAAGAUCCAACCCGAAUAAGAUUAG